GUAAUUCAAGCCUUGCAAAAAUAAAAAUAUAUAAAGCUUAAAAAAUAAUAAAUUUAUUAAUCUCAAGGUAGUUUAUUUACGCAAUUAGUUUAUUCAGUGCAUAACUAUUGGUUUAUCCAGUGCAUUUUUAUUCAAAACCAACCAGUAUUACCAGGGCUGAAUUUUCACGACCAUCUGGCAGCACGUUUACCAUAUCAGGGCUGGGUGUUUCCGACGAUGUGGCAGCACUGAUUCUCCAAGACAUCAAACAGCUGUCAUAAUCGAGGCACCAAUUUUUCGCCCAGAAAAACUACUUGCGCUUUGCUAAUUUUUAAAAAUAAACCGCAGCAAGAUGAUGAACUUGUCGAGAGCCGUUGUCCGCAGCUUCGCCACUACCGCCGGCCGCCGCUCCGCCGCCGUGCCCAAGGAGCAGAUUGAGAAGGGUUACUUUGAGAUCCGUAAGGUGCAGGAGCACUUCCAGAAGAAGGACGGCAAGCCCGUGUUCCUCAAGGGGUCCGCGGUAGACCAGGUGCUGUACCGCAUCACCAUGGCGCUCGCUUUGGUAGGCAUCGGCGGCAUGGGCAAGCUCUUCUACGACCUCAGCGUGCCCAAGAAGGACGAUUAAGGACUGCAAUCCCCCAAAAUCCCUAAGCUAAGAUAAGCCACUAAAACCAGCAAGAUCCGUGAUUAGCCCCCCGGUCCCACAUAUGUUUUUGCAGUGUAGUCGUCGCCUUAUAUUUCUAUGUUUUAUUGUAGCUUUUGCCCCUGGAAACCUGGCCAACAUAGAACACCUACACCAUCCACAACCCGGCUUGAUGUUUUGUGUUAGCAUAGCUGAAAUUUGAUUUAAUGUGUAAACCGAACAUUCGCAAGAGCAUUUAAAGCGUGGAAAUAUAAGAACCUGGCUGUACAGUA